CUGACACACUGGGCUUGUUUGGUUCAGUGACUGAAGCAAACGUAACGCUCUGCAGAAAUUCAUGACAGUGAAUGUUUUAUGUGAGUUUAUGGGGGAGGUGUGGGCUCACUCCAUAAACAACAGAUGUUUAAAUGACAGGGGGGCUUCCCUACACCCCUUCAUCACUGGUCAGAAGCAUCCUGCAUCACCAUGGAAACCGCGCACAGAAACGAGGAAAUAGCUGCAAAGUCCCCAAAAAAAGAAAAGCCCAUAAAUGACAUAUUAUUAAAUCUUAAGGAGACAGCUCUGCAGCUAAAUGUAUCAAGUUAUUUUUUUGGAUCUGCUUCCCCCUCCUCCUCCGCGUGCAGCGCGUCUGCGCCACACAGCCCACUGGCUCAUGUCAGGCUCACAUUUUCUCCCCCUGAUUCUGGAGAAAUUGCACAAUUCCUCGGCCCGUUGGGCGGAAUCCUCCGGGCUGGUGUCGGGGAGCGGAGCGCGGUGUUGCUGAAAUCAUCCAUAGGCGUGGUUUCGGAUGGAGAUGCUCCCUCUGAUCCCGCUGGGAUCCCCACCUGCCCUCAGUCCGCGUCUGCCACGGCGCCAGCUGGUGUCUUCCUGAGAUCCAGACUCCACAGCAGACUUUUCGAUUAGUUUCUUCUUCUUUUUCUUUUAGUUGUCACGGAAGGAUAUCGAUUGUGUGUCAUCGCAGUUCUGUGGGGGACGCUGGUUCGAUCCCCAGCAGGCGCGCAGGCAGGAGCGGACAGCGCGUCGCGUCGCUCGGCCUCCCCCCACGGGCAGGAACCACCGCACCCCCCCGGUUCAUGUGUAGGGCUGCGUGGAUGGAAAAUACACGCAAAAUGUCCAAAAGCUCGCUGUGGCUGGGCUCACUCGUGGUGGCGUCUGUUCUACUUUCGGUGGGCAGCAGGAGAGCCAAGCAGCCGCGCUGCCCCCUGUCCUGUACGUGCACCAAAGAUAACGCGCUGUGCGAAAGCGCAGGAUCCAUCCCCCGCAGCUUCCCACCCGAUGUCAUAUCACUGUCGUUCGUCAAGUCGGAAUUCACAGAGAUCGCUAAAGAGAGCUUCAUCCACACGCCUGCCCUGCAUCUGCUCCUCUUCACAGUCAACGACCUGGAAUUAAUCAAUGAGGAUGCGUUUGUCGGUCUUCCUCAUCUUGAGUACCUGUUUAUAGAAAACAACCACAUCAGAUCGAUUUCACCUCAUGCUUUCCGUGGACUGAAAACCUUGGUGCACCUGAGUCUGGCCUACAACAAUCUGGAGACUCUCCCCAAAGAUUUGUUCAAAGGUCUCGAGGCUUUGACAAAAGUUGACUUGCGUGGGAACCACUUCACGUGUGACUGUAAGCUGAAAUGGUUGGUAGAGUGGAUUUACAGCACCAACGCCACCGUGGAUCAGAUUUAUUGUAAAGGCCCGGCCUCGCAGCUGGACAAGAAUAUCAACGACUUGGAACCUCAGUCUUUUGACUGCAUCACCACAGAGUUUGCCUCUUACCAGUCCCUGAAGUUUGAGUCCAUAUCUGUGGAAGCAUUUUCUUUCGGGAACGACCAGUAUGUUGUCUUUGCACAGCCCUUCAUAGGGAAGUGCAGCUUUCUAGAAUGGGAUCACGUCGAGAUGGUCUUCAGAAAUUUUGAUGACAUCGACAGCACGUCUACAGUGAUCUGCAAACCUCUAGUCAUCGACGGCCAGCUCUUCAUCAUCGUGGCUCAGCUGUUUGGAGGCUCGCACAUCUACAAACGGGACAUCUCUGCCAACAAAUUCAUCAAGCUCCAGGGCAUCGACAUCCUGAGGAUCCGCAAGCCCAACGACGUGGAGACGUUCCGCAUCGACGGGGAGUCCUUUUUCGUUGUGGCGGACAGCUCCAAGGCCGGUUCCACCACCAUCUACAAGUGGAACGGCAACGGCUUCUACUCCCAUCAGUCCCUCCACCCGUGGUACAGGGACACGGACGUGGAGUACCUGGAGAUCUCCUCCAAACCUCACCUGAUCCUGUCCAGCAGCUCCCAGAGGCCCGUCGUCUACCAGUGGAACAAGUCCACCAAGCAGUUUGACCGACGCACAGACAUCCCAGAGAUGGAGGACGUCUACGCCGUGAAGCACUUCUACGUCAAGUCCGAUCUGUUCAUCUGCCUGACGCGCUUCAUCGGGGACUCCAAGGUGAUGCGCUGGGACGGGGCCCUCUUUAAAGAGUUACAGACCAUGCCCUCGCGAGGCUCCAUGGUGUUCCAGCCCUUCGCCGUGGGCAGCUGGCAGUACGCCAUCCUGGGCAGCGACUACUCUUUCACCCAGGUGUACCGCUGGGACGCCAAGAAGGGCGAGUUCGUCCGUUUCCAGGAGCUGAACAUCCAGGCACCAAGAGCCUUUUCUCCCAUUUCCAUAGACAACCGUCAGUUCCUGCUGGCCUCCAGCUUCAAAGGCAAAACUCAGAUCUAUGAGCAUCUGGUCAUUGAUCUCAGCAACUGAGGGAUUCUUCCCUUUUGUUUUGAAUUUUAUUGAAUGGUUAGUUGUGACUUUUUUUUGUGCGUGUGUAAAGAAAUUUUCCAUAGCAGAUGCAGUGCUGAUCAACUCACAUAGGAAAACUCAAGUACAUACAUUUUCAGUCAUUUUUAAACCCCAACAAAAUCCAUGCAUGAUCAGGUUUUAGACAAAAGCACGUGUCUCGACCAAAUAUUUUCUUCGAGAGGCAUGCAUCUGAAGGUAGAGUUAGAAUAGUUUGUGAAGUUUAAUGCAUGAAGGGUCUUACAUGGGCCAUCAACAAUCCACUAAAAACAGUCAAAAGUUUUGCUUUCCUUUUGCAAUCAGCUUUUUAGAUUGUUUAACAAUGUUUAUACGUUUAUCUCAUAUUUAUCUACAGAAGGGAAUAUUAAAAUACUUUUUAAGCUGACGUGUUUAAUGAAACAAAUCUGCCAAGCCAAAUGUUUACAUUUUUCCGUCUUUCCAAGAUUUGUAAAUGAAGCUUUUGUAUGUUUAAAAGAAGGACCAUGACAGAUUCUUAAUUGUUAGAAGAGGAUUAUGCAUAUAAUUAAAAAAACAAAAGUAUUGUAAGUCUACUUGUAUAUACUUGCAACUUACUUUUAUUGUUAAUUUGUUUAGUGUUUAAAGUACUGAACAGUUUUCCUUAUCUGAUCUGUUUCCAAACACUAAAGAAACUGAAAUGAAAAAAAUUAAGAAAAUUGUUUUAUGAUCUUUGACGAUUAUGUCUGCAAAAUACAUCCCUUGUGUCAUGAUUUAGACUAAUUCCAUGUUAUUUAGAGUCAAUAAAGAUUAAUAUUUCAUCUAAGCUUUUUGCAUGACAUAACUUUGUGACGUCCUGGAUCCUGACAGGAUCUACCUGAGAGAGAAAUCUCUUUAAGAGGUGUUGUGCAAUUACGACAAUCGGUGAGAAGUUAACUUAAAUAAAUACAAACAAAUAAAUCCUUUUAAUCUUCUCCGACAAAGUGCACGCCUCAAAUCUACAAAGCAGCACAUUACAAUGUCAUGAAAUAAAUACAAUAAAAUCAGCUGAAUUUAAAAAAUAAAAUAAAAACACAAGCAAGGAGAUACACAAGUACCUGCACAAUCACACCGACAGCAGGACUGAAUCUGGCUCUUUAGAAAGGCUCCACAGCAAUACUUCGAACAUUUGACUCCUCAUGCGUCUUCAGUCAUUUGGAUGCACACAUCUAGUAGGUUUCUUUCUAAAGUGAACCAAAUUAAACCCUGCGGUUUUCUGUAAUCGAGGACAACCGAACUAGCAUGAAAGAAACACAGAUGGUGCACACUCGUGUUCACCCUGGAAUACUUGUGCAACUGCUGCAGGGAGCUCCAAAUCCCCACUGCGGAGAGAAAAUAAAGUGAACACGUUUUCAGUCUGAACAACUCGUGUGUGGCGCAACUUAGUGUUGGGUUUUUUCUUCUUCUUUUUUAAGAGGCAAAAAUAACAGAAAAGGCAAAAGAACGUCUCCCUUAAAUUUCCACAACAUAACUUAGUGCUCUUUAAAUAAACCUGAAAACACUACUUUUAUAUUGUGGUUCUUACAGAUAAAAAAAGGGGGGGCAACUUAAAGAAAACUCAACAGAAAUUUGCUCUAAGAGACAUGAAUUAUAUUAGGAAAACUUAAUCCCAUGAAAAAAAAUGGUUUUAACAAUAAAAUUCUGUACAGAACUCAAAGUCAAUAUACAAUACAGUACCUGCAGGUGUUAUGCAUACAGUACAAUUCUUUUUAUACAUAAGUUUUAGUAUGGGCUUCAGCCUGCUCUAUAUACUGCCUUAACACAGGUGGAAAAGCGGUUAUCUUUAGCUUACAGUAAUUUUAAUGGUUAUUCAGCGAGGAGAUAGACCUCAAAGUAUUUAGAAAAAAAAACGGGCUGAAAACAUUAUUGCGGGAUGGUCAUCUUCAGUUGCAUACUGCAUGUGUUACAUGACGGCGUCUGACGAGAGAGACGAGGCCGGACCGAAAGAGGAAAACAAAAAAA